AGAACCCAAGAAAGAAAUAAUCUUCCUUGUAACAAAAAAACAAAAAUCGACGUGUGAUGUGAGUGUAGCUUCAAUGUCAAUCUAAACUCCAAACUGAAAAAACCGAACCAACUUAUCGUUGUAAGAGUUGUAAUAAUUCUCAACAACUUCGUUCUUAUUCAUUAAUAUUUCGUAGAGGAAUAUCGAAAACCCUAAUCCCUUACUUUUCUUCUUCAAUUCGAAUGCAUUCGGUAAGUUUCAACAUUCCUUAAUUUCCACGCUAAUUUUUUCUAAUGCUAAAUUUUCCCCAUCAAACUCCGCUUCAAAUUCUCUCAAUUUCAAAUUUUGGGGUUUCGUUUCGCGUUCAAGAAACCGAAACCCUAGACGAUUUUCAAAUAAUUGGGAGCUAAAAUUGAACCCUCGAACGAUCUUCGUGUGGAUAAAAGAUUGGAAAUGAAGGCUUUGAAUGGUUUAUUGGGUUUAAGACGCAAAAAAUUUCAUGGGGUUUUCAAUGGUUUGUGUACUUUGGUUGUGUUUUUCUUCUUUUACAAUAGGGAAGACAUAAUUCGUAAUCCACUUCUUAGACAAUCGGCAUAUUUAGUUAAUCAUCAUCAUGGUUUGGCUCAAAAUUCAGUUUUGAAAGAUGGGGUUUCUGUGAUUCACCGUAGAAUGGUUGAAAUCAGCACUAACACUUCAAGUGUAGUUGGUGAUGAAGAUUUGAGUGUGAGUAGACCUGGAUUGUGUUUUGGAUUGCUCCAACAUGAUGGUUAUGAUAGCCACUGUGAAUUCUUAAAGGCAAAUCCUCAGUGCACUUCUGAGGGUUACAUUGAUUACUUGAGGUUUUUCUUUUGUAAAUGCCAAAGUUUCAGGGUUCUUGGUUAUCUAGUAUUAGGUGUUUGGCUUGCUGCUUUGUUUUAUCUCUUGGGGAACACUGCGGCUGAUUAUUUUUGUCCUUCUCUUGAGCAUCUCUCUAGGCUGUUGAAAUUGCCUCCAACUGUGGCUGGUGUUGUGUUGCUUCCACUUGGUAAUGGAGCCCCUGAUGUGUUUGCUAGUAUAGCUUCUUUUGUCGGUACUGAUACGGGUGAAGUUGGUCUUAACAGUGUGUUAGGCGGUGCUUUGUUUGUUACCACUAUUGUUGUUGGAACUGUUUCUCUUUGUGUUGCAGAGAGGGGGGUUCGAGUUGAUCGACGAUGCUUUAUAAGGGAUUUGAGUUUCUUUCUGUUUACGCUUUGUUCACUGCUUUUGAUUUUGUUUGUUGGUAAGAUAGGUAUUGGGGCAGCUAUUGCUUUUGUAUCGAUCUAUGUUGUUUAUGCAUUCAUUGUCGCUGCCAAUGAGAUAUUGCGAAAACAUGCACAGAGGUUGAAAUUGGAUGUUGUGACACCUAUGCUUCCUGUCCAAGGAAGUGUGUUCGCUGUUGGUUCUGAAGAAGAUACUACUAUAUAUAGCUCCUUGCUUGACGUAGACACUGAGAGUGAUCCUCCCCGACUCCCACCUUCCUUGCCUCAAUGGAUGUGGUCUUCAAAUGUGGCGAUGUAUUCAAACCAGGCAAAUAAAAUCAAUUUUUUAGAUGAUGAAAGGCCUCCUUGGGGAUGGAGUGAUGGCCGAUCCACGGAAAACACCAGGUUUUCGUUCUCCAUUUCAAAGCUUUUUUUACUCAUGGAGAUGCCACUUGCAAUUCCUAGACAGCUAACAAUUCCAAUGGUUAACGAGGAAUUGUGGUCGAAGCCGGUUGGUGUGGCCAGUGCUUCAUUGGCUCCGAUGCUCUUGGCCUUUUUGUGGAGCAGCCAAGAAAAUGUGAGUUAUAAGAGUAUAAUACUUGCUUAUUGUUUAGGUGUUUCUGUUGGAUCCACACUUGGUAUUCUUGCAUAUAAAUACACAGUGUCCGAUCGUCCACCGUCUCAGUAUUUGAUUCCUUGGGUUCUUGGAGGAUUCAUUAUGAGCAUAGUGUGGUUCUACAUAAUAGCCAACGAGCUUGUUGCUCUAUUAGUAGUGUUAGGUGUAAUUUUCGGAAUCAAUCCAUCGAUUCUUGGAUUAACCGUACUAGCAUGGGGAAAUUCAAUGGGAGAUUUAAUGUCAAAUGUUGCAUUGGCAUUGGAAGGAGAAGAUGGAGUUCAGAUAGCUUUAUCUGGAUGCUAUGCGGGUCCUAUGUUCAACACACUCGUUGGUUUGGGGAUCUCAUUGCUGCUUGGCGCAUGGUCAAAGAAACCUUCUUCAUAUGUGGUACCUAAAGACGGUAGCUUAUUUUACACCAUGGGAUUUCUCAUCACAGGACUUCUUUGGGCACUUGUUGUUUUACCGCAAAACAACAUGCAUCCUAGCAGAACAUUGGGAAUGGGUCUCAUCGCCCUUUAUAUGCUAUUUCUUUCUUUCAGAGUUUGUACUUCUAUGGGGCUAAUAACAAUUGCUGGUUUAAGUUAGACUUUUUGUGCUUUACCUAAGUUGUAAUCAUAAUGAUCAUAGUUUCUUCUUCUAUUUGAGCCAUGGUCUGUAAUUUCUGUUGUGCAGAUAGCUGAUAUAUAGGACAAAAGAAAUUAAGAAAGAAAAAAUUGGACUUGUUUAGCACGAAUGAGUUACUGCUCCAAUUGAAAAGUCCAUUGUUGUAUAUUCAAGCAUUUUGUUGAAAAAUGAACUCUAAAGCUACCACUUACAAAACCAAACACAAUAAAAAUGACUUCAGCAGUUUAGCAUUCUGCUGUGAUUGAUUUC